UCAUCUCCAAUACUUUCACAUCCCCUCCUACUUCUUUCUUAGAAACCAAGGAAUAUGGGAGCCCUGUAUGAAACACCACCCCCCCUCCAUGAUCUCAAGGUCACCCUCCUAAGAUCCACAACUAUCCAUCCUAAAGAGAGAAAGGAGAGGAGGCUGAUGUUCCUCUCUAACAUAGACAAAGUGCUCAAUUUUGAGGUGGAGACGGUCGACUUCUUCGUCGCGAAUAGCGAGUUCCCGCCUGAGGCGGUUGUCGAGAAGCUGCGGUCGGCGCUGGAGGAAGCGCUUACGCAGUACGACUUCUUGGCGGGAAGGCUGUGUUCGGACCAGAAGGAGAACGGGAGGCUGGCGAUCGACUGCAAUGCAGCCGGGCUGGAGCUCAUCGCAGCGGCCAGCGAGCUCAACCUCAAAGAGAUCGGCGACUUGGAGUACCCGAAUCCGGCUUUCGGGCAGCUGGUGCCGAGGACUGGUCGACCAGAGAACGAGGAGAUCAAGCGGGGAGUCGGAGAGCAACCUCUCAUUGCCUUCCAGGUAACGUCGUUCAAAUGCGGGGGGUUUGCAGUGGGCAUCACCAACAACCACAUCACCUUCGAUGGCAUCAGCUUCCUGGCCUUCCUCCGCAACCUGGCCGCCCUUGCCGCCUCCCUCCCGCUGCCGUCCCCUCCCUUCACCGACCGCCGUCUCCUCUCCGCCCGCUCCCCUCCCCUCGUCGCCUUCCCCCACCCCGAACUUCUCCCUUUCCCCACCACCACCACCGCCACUGCCACUACCACUACCACUCUCUUCUCCUCCCCUUCCUCUCACCGCCUGAGCUUCUACCUCUUUCGCCUCCGCCCAGCCCACAUCGCCACUCUCAAGUCCAAAGCCGCUGCCGCCGCCGCCGCCGCUACCAGCUUCAGCGUGGUGGCGGCGCAUCUGUGGCGGUGCAAGGCCCUCUCGGCAACGUCGAGCGCCGCGUGCAAGGAGGAGGACGAGGAGUACACGCUGGGGUACGCGGUGGACGUCCGGGGCCGGCUCGUCCCGCCGCUCCCGAGCGCGUACGCGGGCAACGCCGUGGUCGGCGCGCGCGCGUCGGCGCCCCGGCGCGAGCUCGGAGAGGAGGGCUCCGCCGCGUUCGCGCGGCUCGUGGGGCGCGUGCGCGGCGCGGCGGAGCGGGUGACGGACUCGUACGCGCGCUCGGCGGUCGACUGGGGGGAGCUGCACGAGGGGGCCCCGCGCGCCGACGUGUUCAUCUCGUCCUGGUGGAGGCUCGGGUUCGGCGACGUGGAGUACCCGUGGGGGAGGCCCCUGUACACGUGCCCCGUGGUGGGCCCGCAAAGGGACGUUGUACUGCUGUUUCCUGUUUUGGGCGGAGUGGAAAAGGGCGUCAACGUGCUCGUCGCGCUCCCCCCCGAGGACGCCGACAAAUUCCGGAGCCUCUUCUACGACUUCUUAGCAGAGGAUAUAUUAACUAACUAGCUUACCUACUACUAAUGCUACUUAAUUACUACUAAUAAGAGAAUAAUAAUAAUAAUAAUGGUAAUAAUGUAGCUUAAUUAGAAUUUUUAUGAGGUUGGAGUAUAGUAGUAGCCUCGAUCUUAAUUAUGUGAUAUUAUCACCUAGCUAGCUGUUGGUCGUUUAGAUUAUUAGGUGGCUUGCUUACUUUGGCUUGGUAAUUAACCUCUGUAGCAUAAUUAUGUUAUGUUGGGAUAUAAUUAAUUAAUAAUUUCUUGCAAAUUCUAGAAGCUUUAUGUAAU